GAGGCCGUAAGAAAGAUUAGGUUUCUGGCGCAUUAUCUGCACCUGAGCGGUAAACGCCUUAUCCUGAGUAUUUUGGUUAGGGAAUCGAUCUUCUCGCACAAUCUGAUUUUCGUGCAGGUGGAGAGCACUGUGUAUGCGGCGUUCUUUCUCUUUUCCUUCCCAAUUCCCGUGAGGAGGAGAAGGAGGAGGAGGAGGAGGAGGACGCUACUGCUGCUGCUGUUGCGGCCAAUUCAUUUGCCUGAAAGUCGUGUUUUGCAUAACAAGCGAAAGGUGUGCGCCGUGCAUGCCCGGGGACAAGUGCUGAAGCAGCGGGAGAGGAGGUUUCUCCGGCAAGUAGCAUGCAUGGCUGGGAGCUCCCUUAAGAUGCAACCUGCGUGUGACAGGGCCGACUCGCUGCUCCAUGACCGUAACGCCACAGACGCCAGAGGCCAGGAGCAGCAAGUGCAGUUGCGGCAGAAGCUGAGGGAACUACCGACGCUGCUCCGGAGUGGACUCACGCUGCGGAGAAAGCGCUCAGACGGCGGAGGCCGGAUUGUAUCUAGGAGAAUUUCAAAUCCUUAUGUGGAAAAUCCUCCUAAUAAGAUUUAUGGAGAGGAUGCCUUGUGUGCUGGAAGAGCUCUCAGAAAUUUUUUUCUGCUACAAGCUUCUGCUCUGAUAAAAGAUAGAAUGUCUUUGAUGGGGCUUUGCAGGCAAAGUUGCAUUGGAUCUGAACUGGUAGACUGGCUUUUGAAGUGCUGUACUUUCAUUAAUAGCAGAUCUACAGCAGCUGGUAUCUGGCAACUACUCCUGAAUAUGGGAAUUGUGUUUACAGUGGAUAAGCAGACAUGUUUUCUAGACAGGUAUGUUUUCUACCAGUUCUCAUCUGAUGAAUGCACAUACCUAUUCUGUGAAUAUGAGGGAGAAAAGGGAUGGAAAAAUGGUGUGAAAUUUCUAUUGAAGAUGGUGCCUGCUACUUCUCCAAGUAUGAAUACGUGUAAGCUGGAUAACAGAAGAAUAGAAGAAACAGCUGAAAGCAAUGCAGAAAUUCUUGCUCGUCUCACAGCAGCAAUGCAGAGAGAACUGGCAACUGUUCUGGCUAUGAAAGCAAGAAAAUCAGCAAUGAAUCAAAGUUAUGAUAUCUGCAGUGGAGAAGCAACAGUGCAAAAAACCCCGAAGGAUAUCUGUGAUGCACAGGCAGGAGUGAUGUGCAAGCUUCAAGAACGAGAAGAUGCUGGGCACAUUGAACUUGUCCAGAAAUUUGCAAAAGAAAAUUGUCAUGUUCCACAGACAAACAAAAGAGAACCAGGGAAUACAGACCAGCCGGAUGAUGAAGUGACCACUGUUCAAGUGAAGGAACUGAACCAAGAUGUGCUGGUGCUUAGGAGAGUGUUAUCACAGAGCCCAACCCCCACAUCUGGGAGUGCCGAGAAUGAUUGGAGAUAUGUUGUGGUGUCAGGGACACCAGAGAAGAUUUUGGAGCAUCUCCUGAAUGACUUGCACCUGGAAGAAGUACAGGACAAAGACACAGAAACUCUUCUGGAUGACUUCCUCCUUACAUAUACAGUCUUCAUGACAACAGAUGACUUGUGUCAAGCUCUGCUGAAACAUUAUUGUGCUAAGAACCAUCAGGACAAGGGUGAAAUUGUUGAUGUUCCCUGCAGAAAGAGAAAAGUCUUGCAUUUGGUGUCACAGUGGACUUCACUCUACAAAGACUGGUUGCAUGAAGAUGAGCAUUUGAAGCAGUUUCUUAAGACAAUAUAUAGAAAUGUGUUAGAUGAUGUGUAUGAAUACCCUAUAUUGGAAAAAGACCUGAAAGAAUUUCAGAAAUUACUUGGAAUGCAUCGUCGCCACACAGUAGAUGAAUAUUCACCUCACAGAAAGCAUAAAGCCAUUUUACAUCAAUACAGCCUCAAGCAGAACUGGCUUCAGACCCGAGAAUCUGUGAAUGAAACAGAAGAAGUUUUCUGCCGUGUGUAUAUAACACAACAUUCUUACAUCAGUAUAAAAACUAAAUUAUCCACUUCAGUUCAAGAGAUAUUGAAAAUUGUAGCAGAGAAGCUCCAACAUUCUCAGGAAGAUCUGGCUCUAGUUGCACUUUCGUUCUCUGAUGAAAAACAUGAAUUACGACCAUAUGAUCUAGCAAUCUCCAAAUCUCUUGAGUUAUCUGCUCGUAUGUUUGUAUUUCGAAAGGAUCUGACAGAUACUUUGAUCCCUUUCACUGAAAAUGAGGAAAUCCACCAACGAUCAAUGAAAAUUCUGGGGAUUAACACCUGGGACCUUGCUUUAGAAUUAACAGUUUUUGACUGGAAUCUUUUCAAUUUGGUUCAUGAACAAGAACUGAUAUAUUUCACCUUCAGCCGACAAGGCAAUGGGAAAAACACUGUGAAUCUUAGUCUUCUGCUUCAAAGAUGCAAUGAAGUUCAACUUUGGGUUGCCACAGAAAUACUACUCUGCAACCAGCUCUGUAAACGUGUACAACUAGUGAAAAAGUUCAUUAAAAUUGCUGCUCACUGUAAAGCCCAGCGAAAUCUGAAUUCAUUUUUUGCCAUUGUCAUGGGGCUCAACACUGCCUCUAUCAGCCGGCUUUCUCAAACAUGGGAGAGAAUGCCUGGAAAGUUUAAGAAGCUCUUUGCCGAACUUGAAAGUUUGACAGAUCCCUCUCUGAACCACAAAGCCUACAGGGAUGCAUUCAAGAAAAUGAAGUCCCCAAAGAUCCCCUUCAUGCCUUUACUCCUUAAAGAUGUAACAUUUAUACAUGAAGGAAACAAAACGUUUCUGGAUAACCUUGUAAAUUUUGAAAAAUUGCACAUGAUUGCAGACACAGUCCGAUCAUUGAGGCAUUGUAGGCGUAACCAAUUUGGAAACGAUAUACCCUCCAAAGAGCAUGAGGAGCUGAAGUCUUAUGUCCAUCAUUUGCAUAUCAUUGACAACCAGCAGAUGUUAUUUGAGCUUUCUCACAGGAUAGAACCUCGUAUAUGAAUUCAUACUUACAUAAUUCCAGCACUUUCAGUUCAGUGAAUAUUUAUGUGCCAAGCAUCUUGUUUUCCUAAGCAAUUGAUGAUUUCUGAGUUUUAUCAGUAAUUGGUGCCACAGUACAUGUUGGCCUCUCAUGCAAAGCAAGAGGAAACGACCUUCACAACAACCUUACAAGAUGAAAAAUGCCAAAUCUACUUAGCUACAGAGCGAAGAAAUGAUUCGCCAUAUUGAAAAGCUUAUUUUUCUUUAUUUUUUGUUGUUGUUCAAAAUAGCUUUCAGCCCCAACUCAAUGUUAAAUUGAAAUAAAACGUUCUACCCUUAUAAGGGUCUAGCAGCACUGUUUUGAGAAAAGAUAUUCAUAAUUUGGCACAUGGGGAUAUACCUCACUAAUCAUAAGCUGCCCUAAAGUAUUGACUGUGGUGCCAAAAAAAAGUGAUAGGGCAGGUAUUGAUGAAUCAUCCCCAGGAUAUGUGCUGGCAUCCACUUCAAGAUUAACGCCUAAAGACAAAUUAUUAGAAUAUAGAUACCCAGUAGAAUGUAACAAAAUGUAAAAUUUAAAACAAGCAUAGUUAAUACUUGAUUUAACAUCUUGUACAGUUAUUUAAAAAUGUGCUGCCUAAUAAAGCAACAUGUCACAGCAUCAAUUAUGGUAAUCUAUGAUGUGCUUUCAUGCUGGAUUAGAAUAUAGAGCACUCUGCCUUUAAUACUUCUUAUGGGUAAUUCUUUUUAAACUUUAGAACCACUUCAGUUUUUUGGUCCUUUCCUUAGUACCGUAAUUCUAUUUGAGGCAAGCAGUGUCACAAAAGUGUCCUGCCUAUAGCUUUAUUUCAAAUGAAUAUACUUUGUUUUACUUCUCUGUUCACUUCACUGAGCUAUUACUAAUUACUCAUAUCUUCAGACUGGUAAAAGUUUAAUGCAGAAAAGUACUAAAUUGGUAAAGAAAAACCUAUCAUACUUUGGGGCUAUUGCUUGCAACUUGGGACACUACAGUGGAAUCCUCAGAAUUACUUUUUUAAAAAGGACAGUAAAAGUACUAUGGCACACUUACUGCCAUUAUUAAGAUUUAAAGUGGUAAUAAUUGAUAUUAAAUCUGAUCUUAUAUAUCAAUCAUAAACAUAAUUUAUAAACAAAAAUGAAAAAUGUUCAUACAACAUAUUAAGCCAAAUUCAUGAAUAUGACCAUAGAGGAAUUAUACUUUAAGAAACAGACAUAUUGUUGUUUUUUUCCUUGCAAGGUUAAAGGCUGAGGUUGAAUUCUAAUUUACAAGAUGAGGAGGAAUCUAUCAUAAGAGAACUUUCAUUGGAAAUGAAAUGGAUGAUUCUCAAAGUCUGUCUGAGGAAUUUUUUUGUUAGCAUUCUUUCAUCAAGGGGCAAUUACAAAAGAGAAAAGGUGAAGAUAUAGGAGUUUCAUACUGACAGCAGACUUUCAUUCACGUUGCUGUAAGAAUGAGUUAUGCUGUCAAAGUCACAGCCUAAUGCAGCACAGAAAACUAAGCUCUUGAUUUCAUGAGUAACACUUUCUAGCAACUUGUAUGACACUUGCAUAACUAUUUUAAUCAGCAUAUUCAUUCUGGAUGCAUCAUGGUAAUCUGAUUUUUUUUAAAAAAAGGUUUUCCGAAGAGAAAGAUUUAAAACGUGCGUGACAAAUAUGUGAGACAAUCACAUAUUUGUUGCAAUGUAUUUGAAUGUAAUUUGAACAUGUGACUUAAAAGUGAAAGCUUUGGUGUAAUAAUUCUUGGGCCUUGGUUUUCACAUUGAGAUAUCAAAACUAGGCUUACGUUCUUGAAAUCAUGUUUGCAUUUUGUUCCUCUCUUCAGAAUGUCUUCUUUAUCCUUCUAUUAAGUAUUCUCAAGAAAUUGCCUAAAGAAUGCAGUAUAAAUAGAAUGUAAUCCACUGUGUGUAAAGGAAUACAUUUCACUGUAAAAAUCUAUUUAUAUGCAGCUUUAUACAAAAUAGACUUUUAUAGUUUCACAGGACCAUAUUGAUUGACAAGAGAGGCUGUGUUAAAAAUUAGCCUCCGUUUUGAAAAGAUCUGAAUUAUUUUCUUUGUUGUACUGCCUUAGAUCACAUUUAUUCAAGAACUUUCCUACACGAGAUCCUUCAUAGACGAUUGGCAGUUGUUGGCAGACAAAAUCAGUUUUAAGUUAUAAGGAAUGCUUUUUGUUUGUUUGCAAUGAAGUAGAAAGUUUUUCCAUUAGAUUUGGCCUUUCUCAUAAAAUUGAAAACCUUGUACAGGUAUAAUAUAAAGAGAACAAUGUACCUUUCUGAACUUACUAUACUAAUUAUCCAAUGUCUUCUAGGAAUUAUUUCAUAGAAAUGAUCACAUUAUUUUCUAAAGUAGUUGAACAAAUUAAAAACCGCAUAGACAAAUUAUUUAGGAAUUUUUAGGAAGUUUUUCUUAUAGCAACUUACCUGAAGAAGCAGUAUGUUUGUUAAUUGCAGAGUAACUGUUUGGUUUGGCAGUAGGAGUUAUAGUAAAAAUAUGUUAUAAGCUUUAUUUUUAUCCACACAAAAAUAGCAUUUGCGGUUGGAGAAGUCUCAAUUGUUGUAAAUAAGCUUUCUCUGCGCACAAACAAACCACACCUUUAGGAAUGGAACUGAACAUUUUGAAAAAAGGCAUUACAAUUUGUCUUGUUUUAUAACACCACUAAAGGGUAUAUUUGGAGGGAAGAAUUAAGAGCUUUUGUUUAAUCCAUAUAUUAGGAUGAGCCUCUGUUAAGUGGUUGAGUUUAAACCUAUAAAAUAAAAAUUCUGCAUUUGUAGUUCUAGAAUAAAUGUAACUGGAAAAGGUGAGUUUGCAGGGAAGGAUUAGUAGAUUAAAAAACUAAUGAUGUGUAACAUGUGGUGGCUGGUUCUUAUUUCUAGAUAUUGUCUUGCCUUUAUAGAUCCGUUAACAGCUUCAUAUAAUUGCAUCUUUAGACUACAAAAGAUUAAUAGGAAUUCAAAUCUGGCUUUUCUGUUUUGCUACCAUUCUGAAACCUGUUCACUGCUUUUAAUGAGCAAGCUUAAUGUUUAGUGAAGUAAAGCAAAAACUAACAUUUAUCAAACCUUGUGAGCUGGACUAUCUGGUGCCAGAUGUUGUAAGCAGCAUUACUUGAGUUCUUCAUUUCAGUGGCCUCUUGGUCAUUAUUUAGCCAAAUUCAGAAUUAUGAGCCAAAUAUUUCCCUAAAAGUAAGCUAUGGUUAUAACUUGGGUCUCAUUUUACCUAUGCAAGAUUAUAUAGCAGUCAACUGGACCUUAGGUAAUUUAAGGGAAAACAAAUAUAUUGAUUUAGGGCAAUAACAUAUUACCUGCUAAGCAGUGGGGGGUUUUUUAGUCCAGUAACUUCAUUGUUACUUUAGAGCUAAAUAACUAGAUAGUUGCAUUUCUGUGGAAGUGCAUUCUGACUGUGGAUUGUAAAAAUGAACAAUUUUCUCUCCAAGAUUAUGUUCAGGGAAAAAAAGAACACAAUUUGCUACAAUGUGGGGACUCUGGAGCAGAAGCCAGAUAUGCAGUGUAUAAUCUCUAUCUUAUCCUACCCGUGAUACAUUCAUCUAACUCCUGAAAGGAGGCCAACGUUAAGACAACGACUGAGUUAGCCUUGAGAUUUUUAAGAUAUACUGUUGUCAUAACAAAGAAACAGUCCCUGCAUUGAGUCUUUUGUGUACACUCCAAGUCUUGCUGGCUUCAGAAGAAGAUUCGAAUAAAAUUAUACAGUUGUUUCUUAUGCUUUAGAGUAAACUCCAGUGAACACAAUGUUCCUCAAUAAACUUGCAUAGGAUUGCAGUAUAAAUUGGAGUAACUCUUGGUCCCCAAACUGCUGUAAGAGCUAUAAGCCCCAUAAGAGGAGCACAAAUAACAAUUUUUUUAAAAAAGGGUGUGUGUGAGAUAAACUCUAGAAAUACCUAUACAAGCAAAAAGGCACUGUUGCAGGAUAGUGUAAGACCUUUUGGAGUGUAUUGAACACUAUAAAUGAACAUUUGGAUGAUUGUAAAAAAGCAAACAAGUUGUAAAUACUAACCUUUGUAGCAAUUACUAUUUAUUUGCAUAGCCUAUUUAUUAUGUUCUUUUUACAUUGUUAGGAACAAAGGCACUCUCGAGAUAAAAAGAAAAGGCUAUUUACAUCUUUGCUGCAAAGGUUUGGAUAAUUGUGAUGGCACUAUAAGAUAAAACUGCUGGCUGCUACUAGCAGUUGCUUGUAUUUUUUCAGCCUUGAUAUGGUUGGUUUAAUUCUUCCCAUUUUAGUCUCUCCAGAUCAUUGUUUUUCAAUCUGCAUUAAAGGUAACAGAAAGAUUGUCCAAGCUAAGGUUAUUUGCCUAACUUCUCAGGGACAUACUUGUACUUAUCUAACAUUAUCAGCAUAUAUAAAAUACUCUGGUUUAACAAGAAUACAGUUAACAAAUGAGCCCUUUACAAGUUCAAUUGUUUUGAUUUCUGUAUAUAUCAUUGUUUAGCAUAUUUAUGAGAGCUAGCAAGCAAUAAUUUGUAUGUCAGAAUAAUAAGCAAUAUAAAAAUAAAACUUGUAAAAGCAAAAUGUCACACUUAACAUUUAAAACUUUUUUUGAUAUGCUUUUCAAAAUACAAAUGAU